AUGGUUUCGUUUCGCUUCCCUUUCUCGUUUUCUCAGCCGUCCUCAUUCCCCAAACCACCGCGUCCCACUUCUUCAUCAUCCAGAUUCUCUGUUUCUGCCGUCGCUGUGACAGUCACAGUUGGCGCCGCAGCGGCUGGAGCUGCGAUUGCGGCGUCACGGAAUCCCAGGCAUCCGGUUCUGGAUUGGGUCUUCUCCUCUCACCGUUCGUCUCUGUUACCAUGGGGAUCUAUGACUCUAGCCGAUUCUAGCUCCGAAUCCGUUGUCGAACCCAAAACCGGUUUCUCGUUCCCGGCUACAAUCGGAGGUUCCCGGAGAUUACUCGGCGUGGGGCUGAGGAAGAAGAGCGUGCUGGGAUUGAAGAACAUUGAUGUCUACGCAUUCGGCAUCUAUGCUGACUGUGAUGAUGUGAAGAAACUUGUGGGUGAGAAAUACGCAAGUCUUGCAGCUUCUGAGCUCAGGGGAGACAAGGCUUUCAUCGAUCAUCUCAUCGAAGCCGACAUAAAGAUGACUAUACGGCUGCAGAUUGUUUACGGCAAACUCAACAUCCGUUCCGUGCGCAAUGCUUUCCAAGAAUCUGUAGGUAACAGACUCAAGAAGUUUGGUGGCGUAGACAACGAUGAGUUGCUCCAAAGCUUCACUAGCCUCUUCAAAGAUGAGUAUAAAAUUCCAAGAAGUUCCAUAAUUGAUUUGACACAAGAACCAGGCCAUGUACUCAACGUAGCAAUUGAGGGAAACCAUGUUGGGAGUGUGAGGAGCAAACUCUUGUGUAGGUCAAUCUUAGACUUGUACAUUGGUGAAGAACCGUUCGAUAAGAAUGCAAGAGAAGAUUUUCUAGACAAUGUGGCUUCUAUAGUCGUCGACAAGUAG